UAAAAAGUAAAAAUUAAAAUAUUACGAUGUCUUCAUAUUUAUCCGGAGGAAGGCUUAAUAUAGCCUAUUUACAAGAAACAUAUAGAAACGAGUUGUUAUCUUUGCUUGAUGCAUGUGAUGGCAAAAAAGUAAUUAUUUGGGAUGAAUCAUUGGCUGGUCCAGUGGGUUUAGUGGCUAAAUAUUCAAUGCUACGUGAUGUAGAAAAAAUGUAUCAUUUAAGAAAGGAUGUAUUUCCCAAUAUUUCUGAUAGACAAGUACGGCAUGUUAUUUUUAUUACAAGACCAAAUGAGGAGAUGAUGGAUAUAAUAGCAAUGAACAUAUUAAAGAACGAUAGAGAGAAUUUGAAUGGUUCGUUAUUAAGAGAAUUUCAUUUAUUUUUUGUUCCUAGAAAAAGUAUUUUAUGUAUAGAGCGUCUUAAAAAUAAAGGAGUUUAUGGAAGUCUCACAAAUGUUUUUGAAUUUAAAUGCCAUUUAUUUCCUUUGGAUAAUGAUUUAGUUUCAAUGGAACUGCCAUGUUCAUUUAGGGAAUUAUAUCUUGAGAAUGAUCCAACUUGUAUCCACCAAUCUGCACUAGCUCUUAUGUCUCUCCAGAGAAUGUUUGGACAAUUUAAUAAAAUAUGUGGGAAAGGUCAAUAUGCUAAUCAGGCAUGUUAUUCAAAACUACAAUUAAUGACGCACUUGAAAAGAAUGACAAAAUUGGAAGAAUUUUCUCAAACAAAGUCCUCUAUUGAUCAAUUACUAAUUAUUGAAAGAUCAACCGAUCUCAUAAGUCCUCUAAUUACUCAACUUACAUAUGAAGGGCUUAUAGAUGAGUUUUAUGGGAUUUCAAAUAACACAGCUUCUUUUCCUGCUCAGAAAUUUCAUUCUGAUCAAAAUGAUAACUCCGCACAAAAUUUAAAUGUAGACACAAAGUUAAUUGUGUUAAACUCGGCUGAUGAACUAUUCUCUGAAUUAAGAGACAAAAAUUUCAAUGCUGUAGGGUCAGCUUUAUCAAAACAAGCUAGAUCCAUUGCAUCCCAAUUCGAAGAAAGGCAUAAAGAUAAAUCUGUUCAAGAAAUUAAACAAUUUGUUGCAAAACUACCUGACAUGCUUGCAAGUAAACAAGCUUUGGCUACACAUACUGCAAUUGCAGAAUAUAUUAAAGAAGAAACAGAUUCGUUCAAUUUUAUGGAUACUUUACAAUGUGAGCAGGAAUUUUUAAGCUGCAUCGAUACUGAAAAACCGAAUCCAUACGUGGAAGAUCUUAUAGCACAGUCAAAAAAGUUAAUUAAAGUUCUUCGUUUGCUAUGUUUGCAGUCUUUAACUGGUUCAGGAUUAAAACAGAAAGUUCUAGAAUAUUAUAAACGAGAACUAGUACAUGUUUAUGGUAUAAAUACAUUUCUCACUCUAAACAAUUUGGAAAAAUGUGGGUUGUUGAGAAUGCAAACGGGAUCAAGGCAGUAUGCAGUUCUCAGAAAAACAUUACGACUAACAAUGCAGGAUACAUCAGAACUCACACCUACUGAUAUUAGUUAUGUCCAUAGUAUCUAUGCACCUCUUUCAAUAAGAUUAGUAGAGCAUAUAGUUCGAAAUAAAAAUUGGCUAAGUUUACAAGAUACAAUAGGCGUUCUACCUGGUCCUCUAUUUGAGGAGCAAAUUUCUUCAGUGCCAUCUCAAGUUCGCAGAGAAUCUAUUCAAUCAGAAAAUUCACAAAGUGAUUCUUCAAGAGUAAUAUUAGUAUUCUUCUUGGGAGGCUGCACAUAUGCAGAAAUAUCAGCUUUGAGAUUUUUAUCACAACAGGAAGAAAACAAUGUAGAGUUUGUGAUAGCAACAACAAAAAUAAUUAAUGGCAAUAAUUUAAUAGAAUCAUUAAUGCAACCUUUACCUGAAUGAUCUAUGUUUUUUGAAAGUUCUUGGUAUUGAUAAUGCUUGGAGUAUAAGAGAAUCAAGAAAAUUAUCAUUAUUAUAAUUGGAAAUUU